CAUCAGCGGUCAGCGUCCUAUAUUCCUCCAGCUCUCAUGGAACAGCACAGGCCCGCCAUUUGCCUUCGCUGCUCUUCAAUCCUGCGGGCUUACACGAAUAAAACAGGCGGCGGUUGAACGGCGGGAUUAGUGUCCGAGAUAUGAGAGAUGAGUCACGAGCCUUUACAGCGCGCGAUUGAAACCCGUAACAAUGUAAGAAUUCCGCGCGGGAUAUUCGCUAACAUCAUUUCUGGAUUCAUCAUCGUCUCGCGCAGCGGAUAACUGUGUGCAAGGCUUCCCAUCUGCCUCCUCUUGUCCGACCAAUCUUUGUCUCCCCCGUAUACAAGUAUCGUACGGCAGGAGGUCGACCGGCCGGGAACUGUGAACACUAUUUAGUAGCAGUUUGAAUUUCAAUAUUCAUCAUACAUAUUAUUGGAUUCUUGAUAGCUGGAAAGCUUUGAAAAUGUCUGGGCAGAGCAUUACAGACAGGAUAACUGCUGCUCAGCAUAGCGUUACUGGAUCAGCCGUUUCCAAAACUGUCUGCAAGGCAACAACGCACGAAAUAAUGGGCCCUAAAAAGAAACACUUGGAUUACCUGAUACACUGUACCAAUGAGAUGAAUGUGAACAUUCCUCAGCUGGCAGACUCUUUGUUCGAGAGAACCACCAACACCAGUUGGGUGGUGGUCUUUAAGUCCCUAAUCACAACACACCACCUCAUGGUUUAUGGGAACGAGCGAUUUAUUCAGUACUUGGCCUCAAGGAACACCUUAUUCAACCUCAGUAAUUUCCUGGACAAAAGUGGCCUACAAGGUUACGAUAUGUCAACAUUCAUUCGGAGGUAUAGUCGAUAUCUGAAUGAGAAGGCCGUAUCGUAUCGACAGGUGGCAUUUGACUUCACGAAAGUAAAGCGUGGGGUGGACGGAGUGAUGAGAACCAUGAACACAGAGAAGCUCCUUAAAACCAUCCCUAUUAUACAGAACCAGAUGGAUGCCCUCCUUGACUUCAAUGUCAAUGCCAAUGAACUUACCAAUGGGGUUAUUAAUGCAGCCUUCAUGCUUCUUUUCAAAGACUCCAUCCGACUUUUUGCAGCUUACAAUGAAGGGAUAAUAAACUUAUUGGAAAAGUACUUUGAUAUGAAAAAAGUACAGUGUAAAGAGGGUUUGGACAUCUACAAGAAAUUCCUUACCCGAAUGACCAGGAUCUCAGAGUUCCUCAAAGUGGCAGAGCAGGUGGGAAUAGACCGUGGGGACAUACCUGACCUGUCUCAGUUUACAGUGUGUGCCCCCAGCAGUCUUUUGGAUGCCCUGGAGCAACACUUGGCUUCAUUAGAAGGGAAGAAGGUGAAGGACUCCACUGCCGCCAGCAGGGCAAGCACACUCUCCAAUGCUGUGUCAUCUCUGGCCAACACUGGCAUGUCUUUCACCAAAGUGGAUGAAAGGGAAAAGCAGGCAGCUCUGGAGGAGGAGCAGGCGCGAUUGAAAGCACUAAAGGAACAGAGGCUGAAGGAGCUCUCCAAGAGGCCUUCGUUUGGUACGACAGACACUUCUCCAGUCUCCACCACAGCAGCAUGCAUCAGCACAGCUCCUGCCAUAGACCUGUUCUCCACUCCCAGCUGCUCCAAUGGUGCUCUGAAGAUGGAGAGCGACCUCUUCAAUAUGCAGACUAACUUUCAGGCGGGCAUGCAGCCUGGACCCUCUGUGGCCACGGCAUGGGGAGAUCCUUUCUCUUCUUCUGAAGCUGUAGAUGACUCCAUUCCAAACCUAAACCCUUUCCUAACCAAAGUUGUUGUUGAUGGUGCUCAUCUACCCGUUAUGUCAUCAGAUGGUGUUAGUUUCUCCUCUAGGACAUCAGGUCAUGAGAUUUUUGGUGAUCAGUACAAUCCCUUUAUUGAUUCAAGUUCAUCUGUAUCAACCAAUUACAAACGCACUGUUCGGAUAGAGCACUUAAUCUCAGACUCGUUUGGUCAACCGUCUAUGGUCCAGCAUCUCCCAAACCCCUCUCCCUUCCAGUCUGAGCCCUCCACUGUAGCAGGCCUAUUCAGAGGUAGGGAGCCUGUGGCUGGAGGUUGCCUUGUGUGCCCCCUUUGUGAAAUAUGUUUUCCUUCGUCUAUAAUGCUGUCUGAUCUAACAUGAUCUAUCACCAUUCAAAACUAGAUCCUUAAAGGCCUAGUAAAGACCUAAAAAUGACAAUUCUUUCAUCAUUUACUCACCC